ACAAGGCAAAAGACAGAUCUCCUGGUCUAUUUUUUUCUUUUUUGGAAUAUAUAUUUUUUCGACCUUAAGGUACUGUUUGAACAGUGUGGACAUUGCACAGAUACAUAUCGAAAUGGAAGGAAAAUGCUGGCCCUACAAGUACAUUGCUUUAGUGUGUGUCUUCUCAUGCUGCUUAGGAUUAGUGGCUGCUGUAGAAAGGCGAUAUGUGAAUGAAUGGGCUGCAGAGAUCCCUGGAGGUCCAGAGGAAGCUCGGGCAUUGGCCACUGAAUUGGGCUAUGACUACGCUGGGCAGAUUGGAUCACUUCAAAAUCAUUUUCUAUUCAGACAUAGGGAACACCCCAGGAGAAUGCGGAGAAGUGCUCCACACAUUACAAAGCGGUUAUCUGAUGAUGAUCGGGUUUCGUGGGCAGAACAGCAGUAUAUCAAGCAAAGGACAAAGAGAGGCUAUGUGAUGAAGACAGACUCAGAAAACCUUUUUAACGAUCCUAUGUGGAAAAGUCAGUGGUAUUUGAGAGACACAAGAGUCAACCCAACGUUGCCAAAGCUGGAUUUACAUAUCAUACCAGUCUGGAGGAAGGGAAUAACUGGAAAAGGCAGUGUUAUAACAGUUCUCGAUGAUGGGCUGGAAUGGAACCAUACAGAUAUCUAUGCAAAUUAUGAUCCAGAAGCAAGUUAUGACUUUAAUGAUAAUGACAAAGAUCCGUUCCCAAGAUACGACAUUACAAAUGAGAACAAGCAUGGAACAAGAUGUGCAGGAGAAGUUGCAAUGGUUGCAAACAACAACAAAUGUGGAGUUGGUGUUGCUUUUAAUGCCAAAGUAGGAGGGAUUCGGAUGUUAGAUGGAGUUGUUACUGAUGCCAUUGAAGCAAGUUCCAUUGGAUUUAAUCCCCAGCAUGUAGACAUUUAUAGUGCCAGCUGGGGACCAAACGAUGAUGGAAAAACAGUGGAAGGCCCUGGAAGAUUAGCACAAAAGGCCUUUGAGUAUGGCAUCAAACAGGGCCGAAAUGGAAAAGGCUCGAUUUAUGUGUGGGCUUCGGGUAAUGGUGGCAGACAGGGAGAUAACUGUGACUGUGAUGGAUACACAGACAGUAUUUACACCAUCUCAAUCAGCAGUGCGUCACAGCAAGGACUAUCUCCCUGGUAUGCAGAGAAAUGUUCCUCCACAUUAGCCACAGCAUACAGCAGUGGAGACUACACUGAUCAGAGGAUUAUAAGUGCUGAUCUACAUAACGACUGCACAGAAACACAUACUGGCACCUCUGCCUCCGCUCCAUUGGCUGCUGGCAUCUUCGCUCUUGCUCUGGAACAAAAUCCUAAUCUUACAUGGAGAGAUAUGCAACACCUGGUUGUCUGGACAAGUGAGUACGACCCUCUAGCUAAUAAUCCUGGCUGGAAGAAGAACGGAGCGGGUCUUAUGGUCAAUAGUCGCUUUGGAUUUGGACUACUGAAUGCUAAGGCCCUUGUGGAUUUAGCUGAUCCUAAAAGAUUUAAAUCUGUGCCAGAGAAGAAAAUCUGCAUUGUUAAAGACAGUGACUUUGAACCCAGGCUUUUUAGAUCGGUGGAUGAAAUUACAAUUGAGAUCCCCACAAAGGCAUGUGAAGGCCAAGAUAAUUAUAUCAAGUCUCUGGAACAUUUACAACUGGAAGCCACUAUUGAGUAUACACGCCGAGGAGACCUUCAUAUUACACUAACUUCUCCAUCAGGAACCAGGACAGUUCUCUUGACUGAAAGAGAAAGAGACACAUCAACUAAUGGUUUUAAAAACUGGGCUUUUAUGUCUGUCCAUACCUGGGGAGAAGACGCAGCAGGAACCUGGACUGUCAAAAUCACUGAUGUGUCUAAAAGAUUAGAAAAUGAAGGAAGAAUAGUUAACUGGAAGCUGAUUCUGCAUGGAACAUCUACCCGCCCAGACCACAUGACCCAUCCCAGAGUGUAUACUUCUUAUAAUGUGGUUCAGAAUGACCGAAGAGGUGUCGAGAAGAUGACAAAUAUUCAAGAGGAAACUUCCAAUGUAAAAUUAGCUACAGAGAAGCCAACAGAAAAUGAUGAAACAGAGGAUACUGUGAAAUCGGAAGCCAUGCUGCGUCUUCUAAAGAAUGCCUUUGACAGAGAAGGGUCUUUACUUACAGAGGAACAGGCUAAAAUUCCCAAUAACCAUUAUUAUCAGGCUCUGGAAAAACUUAACAAGCAGUCAGAUGCAAAGAACAGGGUGAACAGUCUAUACAGUGACUAUAUUGACCGAUUCUAUAAUAGCAAACCCUAUAAGCAUAGAGAUGAUCUUUUAUUGCAAGCGCUCCUAAAUAUUGUAGACAAGGAUUCAUAGGGUUAAAUUGAUUUUACAGUUGGAAACAUGCCUCCACCCAUUAAAUGUUGACAUCCAUAACUCCAGAUUUCCAAACAGUUCUGUGAAAAUGCCAAAAAUGAAUUUUGUGAAUAUUCUAUAAAUUAGGAAAUGCUCCAGUUGGAAAAAGAUGUGUGAGCAAACUUAUAUAUAGUCAAUGAAAUUAGCAGCAUACCAUAUGUGUGUGAAAAGUUACUACUGUGAGAUAUAGCCAAUACUGGUAUUUAUUUUGAACCACUGACAAAAUUGUAAUGAUAAAAGUGCCAUAAAAGACAAUGGGAAAUGUUUA